UGAGUGUCGGGGCUUGUUGCUCUUUAUAAUACGCCUUUAUUUUUAGUUCCUCCUCCCCGGGCAGUAGUUAGCGAAGCCCACUCACAACACCAGAAACUGACAACCAGCACGUGAGAUCCAAACCACUUUAAACUCAACAGUCACUACACAGACCCGGCGGAAAGAGAGCUCGCUCGCUAACGUUAGUUAGCUGCCUAAUUUAACAAGACAGAUCUCCAGGUUCACGAAAAACAUCACUAGCCAGCAACAUAGCUAGCAUUUUUUUUUUCAGAUUAAGAAAAUUUCUCGCUUCAGUUGUAAAGCGAGCAGGAGAGCUGGACGUAUCUGUGUCUGCCACUUGCCUGAAAACACCGCACACGCCAAGGAAAGCGGGUCUCUGAAAACCUUGAAACCCGGCAUUUGACACACAGACAGCGGAGCAACAGAGAAUUCAGAAAACGUCAGAUCGCUUCAUCUCAAAGGAUGCACUUGACCGUGUGUGAACCCGCCGCCAUUUCCGCCGCCGUGCCAAUGGACGCCCCUGCGGACAUCGGUUUCCUCCAGUCCUGUGGCGCUGGGGACAGCAGCGCCUCCCUUGAGGAUGUUGCCGUGGAGUCCGCUGCCAACGAGUCAUCGGAGGAGGAGCCGGCCUGCGAGAGGGAAGAGGAGCUGGGGACGUCCGCCGAGACUCCGACCAGCGCCGAGGACACGCAGACGCAGCAAGGUAACGCCCAGCGCCCCUCCUCCCUGGCCCUGGCCACGUCGGAGCUGCAGCUGUGGACCUCGCGGGGCGACGGGGAGGUGAAGCUGAGGCUGUCCGAGUCGGGCCCGGCCGCAGAGCCGGCCGUCACAGUGCACCAGAUGUUCAUGUCAGCGGUGGAGCGCUUCCCGAAGCACACGGCGCUGGGCUGGAAGGAGGGCGAGCAGUGGAAGACCCUCAACUACGAGCAGUACUACCAGCAGUGCAGGACGGCCGCCAAGAGCUUCCUCAAGCUGGGUCUGGAGCGGUACCACGGCGUGGGCAUCCUGGGCUUUAACUCUGCAGAGUGGUUCAUCGCAGACAUCGCCGCCAUCCUGGCUGGAGGGUUCGCCGUGGGCAUCUACACCACCAACUCCCCGGAGGCGUGCCAGUACGUGGCAGAGAACUGCCAGGCCAACAUCCUGGUGGUGGAGAACCACAAGCAGCUGCAGAAGAUCCUGCAGGUGCAAGACAAGCUGCCUCACUUGAAAGCCAUAAUCCAGUACAAAGAUGCACUGAAAGAAAAGAGACCAAAUCUGUUCACGUGGGCAGAGUUCAUGGAGAUGGGCCGCGAGGUUCCCGAUGCCCAGCUGGAUGACAUCAUCGCCUCCCAGAAGCCCAACCAGUGCUGCACCCUGAUCUACACCUCGGGCACCACAGGACAGCCCAAAGGCGUCAUGCUGAGCCACGACAACCUGACCUGGACGGCCUUCGCCACGGGCCGCAACGUGCGCCUGUCGGAGGCCAGCGAGGCGCAGGAGGUGGUGGUCAGCUACCUGCCCCUCAGCCACAUCGCUGCGCAGAUGAUCGACAUCUGGCUGACCAUGAAGGUCGGGGGGGCCGCCUACUUUGCACAGCCGGACGCCCUGAAGGGCUCUCUGGCGAACACGCUGCGGGAGAUACGGCCCACGGCCUUCAUGGGCGUGCCGCGCGUGUGGGAGAAGAUGCAGGAGAAGAUGAAGUCCGUCGGGGCCAAGUCGUCCGCCGUGCGCCGGAAAGUCGCCGCGUGGGCCAAGGACGUGGGGCUGAACACCAACCUCAGCAAGAUGCACCGCAACGGCGCGCUGUCGCGGACGCCCCUGAACUACAGGCUGGCCAAGAAACUGGUGUUCCGCAAGGUGCGCAAGGCCCUAGGGCUGGACCGCUGCACCAAGUGCUACACGGGCGCCGCGCCCAUCACCAAGGACACGCUGGAGUUCUUCCUCAGCCUGGACAUCCCCGUCUACGAGCUGUACGGCAUGAGCGAGAGCACCGGGCCCCACACCAUCUCCCUGCCCGACGCCUUCCGCCUCACCAGCUGUGGAAAAGUGAUCCCCGGGUGUGAGACCAAGAUCUUCAGCCCGGACAGCGAGGGGAAUGGGGAGAUCUGUUUCUGGGGCCGCCACGUCUUCAUGGGCUACCUCAACAUGCCCGACAAGACGGAGGAGGCGCUGGACGCCGACGGCUGGCUGCACUCCGGAGACCUGGGCAAGCACGACUCCGACGACUUCCUCUUCAUCACCGGACGCAUUAAAGAGCUGAUCAUCACAGCUGGAGGAGAGAAUAUCCCCCCGGUGCCCAUCGAGGACGCGGUGAAGGAGGUCGUGCCACUGGUCAGCAACGCAAUGCUGAUCGGGGACAAGAGGAAGUUCCUUUCCAUGCUGCUUACCAUCAAGUGCCAGGUGAACGCGGACACGGGCAUGCCGGAGGACGAGCUGACGGAGGAGGCGCUGGCGCUGUGCAAGAAGCUGGGCAGCAGCGCCGCGCGGGUGUCGGAGAUCGCCGGCGGGCGCGACCGCGCCGUCCACGCCGCCAUCCAGGAGGGCAUCAACUGCGUCAACGAGAAGGCCACCUCCAACGCGCAGCGCGUCCAGAAGUGGGUGGUGCUGGACCGCGACUUCUCCAUCCCUGGGGGAGAGCUGGGCCCCACCAUGAAGCUGAAGAGGCCAGUGGUCAUGAAGAUGUACAAAGAGCAGAUUGACAACUUCUACAAAGAAGUGGUGACCCCCACCACCCCUGACAACCCUCUGCCCCCCAAAUAAGACUCUGACAAUAGCCCCUGCCGUGCCAUUCAGAGGACAAGGACAAAAGACAAGAGGACACGGUGUGGAUAAAGACAGACACACACACACACACACACACGCACACACACACCACCUCACUCAGACAACUCAUGCAAUCUCUGUGUGGUGUCAGCUUCACAUUUCCCUGGAAUUCUUCUGCUAAAUUGUAAAUUUAUUUUUGUUUACAUUUGUGGAUGCCACAGGAAAAAAUGGGACCGGGUAGUCCACUAAAAAAAGAUGUAAAAUGUCUUUGUUUUUAAAGAUACUUAUUUAUAAGCUAAUUAUUUUUAUUGUGAUGAAGUACAAUAAUAUCUAAUGAGGCAUUUUAAUUGUACUGUUCUAUUUCAUACAGAACCACACAAGAAUCCAAAAGACAGCUAAAAAGAAUUCAUGUUCAAAUAAUGCUCUAGUAGGAUCUGAUAGCAUAUGUGGGUUAUUUUUUCAUAUUAAUUUGUGUAGAUUUAUUUAUAUAUCCAAUUCACCAAAGUUGAAGAAUGACUAAAUGCUAAUGCAGAACUGGAGUUUAAGUGCAACUUUUCCUCUAAAUGAAGAAAUGCGAAUCUGACAUGCAAAUAACUGCUCGCCUUGACUGAGUUUUUAAAUAAUUUUUUGCAUGUCUCCGGUGUGCACUUGUCUGAAAACGGAGGAACUGCAGGCUGAAAGUCAUUCUACAGGGAAAACGAUUUGAAACAUAUCAUUGUCUUAUUUAUUGUUGGAUUAUUGUUUUUUUAUGGUGGUCUGGUUUCAGUGUUUUUGUAUGAUCUGGAUGAAAGCGUAAAUACUAUUGCUUUGUGUAGCUCUCUGCGAAUCCAAAUGUUGCACUGUGCAAUGUAGAGUAGAAUGUGUCGUCGCAACGUGAAGUUCGAAGGGCCAUAAGGAAAAGGUGAAGGUCCGGUCGUAUCUAAAGCCAUCGUGCAGUCCGAAGGACUGUCUGGCACUUGCACUGUUUUUGAAGGAACAUGAACAGGCUGCUUUCAAGUCCACAAGCGCUGAAACCAUGCCCCAACAUUCAAGCCAUAAUUAUUUCACAUUUCAUGCUUUUGUAAACAAUGUAAACCUAUUUAAUUUUUUUUCAUCUGGUGUGACAGAUGGGUCAUAAGAUUCCAUGGCCUCGUGGAAUGUUUUAGUUUUGUGUGUGAAGUUGCUGGGAACUUUUUUUGUUAUGGUGUUGUAAAUAUGUUUUUUUUUUUUUUUUUCCUGCAGUCCAUCCCUCUGGUCUUAGCCUUAUGGUGCAGCGUCAAGUGUGUAUGAAAGACAAAGCUGUUAACAUACUGUGCAUUGUAGAAUCACAGUAUGCUGUCUUUGGAAAUUACAUCGACCUUUGCUUCUCCUGCAUGAAGCCACCAGCAUAUGCUUUUUUGAUACUGGCCUGUGCUUCUCAUAAUCUGAAGCUGCCCUUAAGGUGAAGAAGUCAAAAAUGUACUUAAUGAAGAUUAAAUUAGCAUCUGAGUUUUCAGUGUUACGCUGAAAUACAUGACUGAAGAUGUUAGGUUUAGGAACCUAGCACAUCAGGCGCCAGGGAACAAACUUUAAUCUAACUUGCACUGACUUUUCUUCACAAAACAAGAAAAACUAGAGGAGAUAAGUUGAAUGUUUAUACUAUUGUCUGCUUGCUUUGAAAUGUACCUGCAGUUACUACAAGCUUGGAGUUUUCCUUUUAUUGUAGUUAUUCUUGUGGGUGGAGUGCAUUUUGGUAAUUGUUAUCUUUUCUGUUUACGCAUGAUUUAAUGUGUAACCCGGAUUUAUGAAGAGGGCUUCAAGCUUCAAGAUGAAUUUCUAAUUGGAUCUAUGAGUUUGGCUUUAUUUUCAUAUUGAGUUGAAGCUGUUUUCCAGCUCAUUUUCAGGGUUCAAGGGUAAUUCAGGGGGUCAGGAGAAUUUGACCAUGCAAAUCUGAUAAAAUACUUGAAUUAAAAACACCCUGCCAUAAAGUAGCUGUAAAGCACCUGUCACUGUAGGUAAAUGUAUAAAUAAUUUUAAGGAAAUAUUUUCCACACACUUAGAUAAGUCAGUGGACACAGAGAAUAACCAAAUACCAACAAACUACACUGCUUUUAGAGAGAGCUUCCACACAUAGGGCAGAGGUGGUGUACAGAGUAUCACUGUGGCUUGGGCCAGGUGUUUGGGAAGGAAAUGUCCACAGGUGGAAAAACCGCAUGCUCCCCCCCCCCCCACAUAGGGCCCCUGCGCAAAGACUUAGACUGGCCAUUCUGGCCUGUAGCACUCUAGACAAGCCUGGAAAUAUAUGACUGCUUUUUCAGAGAAAUGAGGGUGAAACUUGGUACGUUCUCUCUCCACCUCAGAGGUUUUGCUGAUAUUGGCAGACAGUGGUGAAUUUUGGAAUGCAAAAUUUUUGCAAAUUUUUGUCUUGGCUAUUAAGACUCUCUAAAUGUUGAACUGCAAGUGUGUCUGCAGUUCACAACCUCACUGCACUUCAAUGUACGCAACUGGUGCAGAGACACCUGUGGCAUUUUGGGAGGCUUGAUGUAUCCUCUUUGCAGAGAGAUCUAGCUUAAUGAGUUAUCCAGAAAUUAUUUUUAAAAAAAUCGGGUGGAGUGAAUUUGCAGCUGACCUGAGAACAGUACUGGUUUUACCUGACUCUGAAUCUUUAUGUUUAAAAGCAUUUGUCAUUUAUGUUUGGGGCAGGAAGGUUGUGUCACCCUUAUUGUCUAGAAUUCAUGUGCAGGCCCAUUUCUAAAUGGUUAAAAGGAAGACGGUAAACUUGUCAGCGUCUGGUGUGUGCGUGCUACCAUUGAAAAAUAAAUGUAUAUAAUGGAA